CCCGCCAGCCGCAGCAUGGCCAGUGGCGAGCCCCGGCCGGACCAGCCCCCGCUGCAGGCCCUGCGCGACGCGGCGAACCGGCUGCGGGUGCGGGCGCUGCGGGCCACGUGCUGCGGGCUCGGGGGCCACGCUGCCCCCUUGCUCUAUGCCGCAUGGGCUGAGGCCGGCUUCCUCAAGGAGUCAGAGCUGCUGAAUCUACGCAAGAUCGACAGUGACCUGGAGGGACACCCCACCCCGAGGCUGCCCUUCGUGGAUGUGGCCACGGGCUCACUGGGGCAGGGCCUGGGCGCGGCCUGCGGGAUGGCCUACGUAGGCAAGUACUUCGACAAGGCCAGCUAUCGCGUGUUCUGCCUGCUCGGUGACGGGGAGGUGUCGGAGGGCUCUGUCUGGGAGGCUCUGGCUUUCGGCUCCCACUACCGGCUCGAUAACCUGGUGGCCAUCGUGGACGUCAACCGGCUGGGCCAGAGCGAGGCGACGCCGCUGUGCCACGACAUGGAGGUGUACCGCCGCCGCUGCGAGGCCUUUGGGUGGAACACCUACGUGGUGAAUGGCCACGCCGUGGAGGAGCUGGGCGAGGCCCUGCGGCAGGCGGCUCAGGGGAAGGGGAAGCCCACGGCCAUCGUAGCCAAGACCUACAAGGGACGAGGCAUCCCCGGUGAGUGGGCUCUGAGUGCUGCAGGCCAUGGCCUGGGGCCCCACGGCUGGCUCCCAGCUGGGGAGGCCUGGCGGGAGGGAGGGCCAUGCUUGUGGGGAGGGGGUUCAGUGGCUCUUUCUCCCCUUCUGUCAGCUAUUGUGGGGUGCGACAGAGUAGGGACCUCAGGAGAGCUGAGGGUGAGGCCUCCCCUUCCAGAGCCAGGGAGAGAACCCAGGAGUCCUGGCUCCCAGUCCCUCCCCUGCUCUACCCCACCAGCCCCCACUCCGCUCCCAGAGCUGGGGAGAGAACCCGGGAGCUGUGACGAGCAGGGAGCGGGGCGGACUGACCUGGGGAUGUUGCAGGGGGGGUGCAUUGGGGACAAGGUGGCCACGCGGAAGGCCUAUGGCGUGGCUCUGGCAAAGCUGGGCGCUGCCAACGAGCGCGUGGUGGCCUUGGACGGCGACACCAAGAACUCCACCUUUUCCGAGCUGUUCAAGCGGGUGCACCCCGAGCGCUACAUCGAGUGCUACAUCGCCGAGCAGAACAUGGUCAGCGUGGCUCUGGGCUGCGCCGCCAGGGACCGGGCCGUGGUCUUCGCCAGCACCUUUGCUGCUUUCUUCACCCGGGCCUUCGACCACAUCCGCAUGGGCGCCAUCUCCCGGACCAACCUCAACCUGUGCGGCUCCCACUGCGGGGUCUCCAUCGGGGAGGACGGCCCCUCACAGAUGGCCCUGGAGGACAUAGCCAUGUUCCGAACCAUUCCCGGCUGCACUGUCUUCUACCCCAGCGACGCGGUCUCCACGGAGCGCGCCGUCUGCCUGGCUGCCAACACCAAGGGCAUCUGCUUCAUCCGGACCAGCCGCCCAGAGACCCCGGUCAUCUACCCGCCGGAGGAGAAGUUUGAGAUUGGCCAGGCCAAGGUUGUGCGUAAGAGUGACGCUGACAGGGUCACGGUGAUCGGAGCCGGGGUCACACUGCAUGAGGCCCUGGCUGCUGCUGACGAGCUCGCCAAGCAAGGCACCCACAUCCGGGUCAUCGACCCCUUCACCAUCAAGCCCUUGGAUGCAGACACCAUAGUGGCCAGUGCCAGGGCUACUGGAGGGCGCAUCAUCACCGUGGAGGAUCAUUACAGAGAGGGUGGGAUUGGGGAAGCAGUGGCCGCGGCUGUGUCCGGGGAGCCUGGCAUGGUGCUCCAGAGCUUGGCUGUGUCGGGAGUGCCCCGGAGUGGCAAACCGGCCGAACUCCUGGACCUCUUCGGGAUCAGCGCCAAGAGCAUCCUAGCAGCUGUGAAGAGCACCUUUGCCAACUAACGCUGUGGCCAUGUCCGGGGCGAGGAGAGCCAGCUGUUUUCCGGUCCCCCACCCCCAGCCCAGCCCUGUUCUUUCUGCUAACUUCCUGCUCAAUGUGACCGAAACUGCUGCUCGCACGUCUGGGGCUUGUGAUUCCCCCUCCUCCCCCCCGGCCUGGGACAUGACUCACCCACUUGCCCAAGCCCAGCUGGUUCUCUCUCUGCACACUAGCAGGCUAACAUUCCCUCCGGUGGUUGAGCAACUUCCACCCCAUUCCCCUGCUGAGCUCCUGGGCCGUAGACAUUCCUUGCUAACCCAUGAGUAGUUACCAAGUGCUGCCUGCCACUGCUCCCAUCGUCUGCCGGGGCAGGGGAUCUGCAGGGCAAGGAGAGGCUGCCCCUCCCCUGGCCAGUGGGGCCUCUGUCCCUGGGGUAGAUAGUGUGGGGGCAGGUGUUCCAGGCACUGCUAUGGACCAAUCUGUACUAGUCUUACCUAAAGCUGGUGCGGUGCAGGCUUCGUCCAAUAGCUGCGCUCGGGGGGCCCCGCUCCUAGGGGAAGGAGACAAAUAUUAAUGCAGCAGCAGCAGCGUCUUCAUCUGCUAUCAGGACAUUCCUGGCGCGAUCCAGGCCUCUGGCUCGGUCAGUGUUAGAAACGACCAAACCCAGCUGUCUUCCGGGGCCGACUGCUGCCGCUCCAACAGGGCGGCUUCCCUUCACCUGUGCUUCCAAAUAAAAGGGUUAAACGGA